AUGGAAACCGAAUAUACCGACCAUCACUUGCCUAACAGUCCGAUGCUAGUGGUGCAAAUCGUGAACGAGUAUCGUGCGAUGCUACAGCAACAGAUUGCACUGCACCUGAAGCGCUCGCGAGAUCAUAUAGCUCGCAUGCGGCAACGGUUCCUCUUGAAAUUGGCUCACCGUUUGCAUCGGAACUACGAGCUGUACGAUCGUACCAGGCGUCGGAUGCUGAUGGAAGUUACGCUGCUUAAUACACGUGGACGUGACAAACGACGGCGGAAGAGUGUUCGCGGCUGUGCGAAAUCACCGGUCCUAUUGUCCGUUUCCGACCAUCAGUUUGACGAGAUCGAAUACGAACAGUUUCGCAUGGAUCAGGGCACGUUUGAGUUUCUGUUUGAUAUGCUAGAACCACAGCUUACACCAGCAGCAAUACUGUCCACCCGAACGAUACUGGCUGUUGCGAUCUAUGUGCUUGGGUCGGGAAAAGGUUACCAAUCAGCCGCUGCCAAAUACGGGAUUGACGCCAGCCUCGUGCAGGAUUGUGUGCGCUUGUUUUGCCGUGCAGUGAUGAACGUUUUUCGAACGCAAGUCACUACAAUGCCUCUGGAUGACGACAGUAUCCAGCUGGCAGUGAAAGAGUUUGAGGAGUUUGUCGGCAUACCACAGAUGUUCGGUGCUGUUGGCUGUUUGCAUGUUCCCAUUAAACCGACCAGUAAGGAGCUGGCAAAGUACGUCAACAGUAAAGGUUGGAGCUCCAUCAUACUGCAAGCCGUAGUGGAUAGGAAUGGAAGGUUUGUUGAUGUAUCGUGCGACCAUCCUGGUGGUCUAACGAAUCCCGCCGAUAUGCUCAUCAACUCGACCUUAUAUCAACGGAUGGAACAACUGGUGGAUGCGCCUACUGAAACCGUUGGCAAUGGUAACGUGGCACCGUUUCUGUUGGGUGACAAUAAAUAUCCUUUGCUACCCUGGCUGAUAACACCGUAUCCAGUGGGCGAAUGUAUGACCACCACCGAACGGUCCUUUAACGUUUACGCUGCGAAAGGCCGUAGCUGCAUUGGCAAAGCGUUCGAUCGUUUGGUCGGACGCUGGAAGGUGUUAAAUCGAUGCAUUGAGCAGAAUGAAGCUUCCGAGCAGAUCGUUACCUGCUGCAUACUGCACAAUAUCGUCGAACAGCGCGAAUCGCCGUACCUGGAUGCGUGGAACGAAUGCCACAACGAGGAGGACAUUGCGCCGGAGCAGCCGCAAUGGGAGUGUCAGAUUGUGUCGAUCGAUGGGGAAGAGGUGAGAAACAAGCUGAGCAAAUACAUGCACGAUCAUUUUCCGGUGAUUUUAGACGAUGAGGAUUGA